AAUGAUGUCUAUUCAGGAUUUCUUUCGCAAGAAUCAGAGAUAGCUGUUCAAAAAUCACGAGAAGAAUUAAAGGAACUUAGAUUCGCUUAUAGAUUUAAGAAAGGAUUAUACAACGAAAAUGAAAAAUUUGAAGGAAUUUUGACAACACGAUUAAUAGUCGUAAGC